UACUAGAUUCAUGAGCCUUGCGCGAACAUUAUUACGCGCUAUUGUGUGCUGACACAGCCGUACACUCGGCAAUUGCAGCCAGCAGUGCGCCAGGUAGACAUCCGUGCACUCGUAAAGCAAAGCCCUAGCGCAUCGCCUGCAGCCUCGCCGCGCCUGCAUACUCGCACACCUUGCACCAGCGCCAAAAAACUGGGCGCGGCGGCUUCGCAGCAGCGGCGAGCGACAACAUGAUACUCCUGCAGUUCCUCGUCGAGCUCUCUCAAGGUAAAUACGAUGCGUCGUCUGUGAAAGACAAGCGACAGCUCGCGCGGGUAGCUUCCGUCGUGAAGGAGUGCUUCUUUGUCGUAGACCAAAGGACCCGUGACAGUGAUUAUGUCACCUGCGACAAAGCGGUUGUGAUUCGCCGCUUUGUCAAGGAAUUUUUAGAGGUUGCUUCCAAAAUGACGUGCGAGGAACGCGAGCAACUCAUCAUUGUACAAAUGGAUCGGAACGUAAAGUUAAUGCAAUCGUACCAAGAUGUCCUAGAGGCUGGUCGGAGCUUCGUGAGACUGCGACAAGAACUUAACGCCGAAUCUGAAAUGGUGAGAGCUGAAGCGGCGCGGGCCAAUGCUGAGUUACAAGAGGCGGAAGCUGAAGGGCAAGCGGCCGUCGAACGCGGCGCCCCGGAAUCGCCAGAGUAAAAACUACAGAUAAAA